AUGUCCCAAUUAUUAAAACAAAGAGUCCGUUAUGCUCCUUAUUUGAAAAAACUAAGAGACCCCAAGGAAUUGAUCCCAUAUUUUAAAAACGAUCAAUACAUCGGUUGGUCUGGUUUCACAGGUGUUGGUGCUCCAAAAGUUAUCCCCGAAACACUGGCCAAUCAUGUUCAAGAAAAUAAUUUACAAGGUAAAUUAAGAUUCAAUUUAUUCGUUGGUGCUUCUGCUGGUCCUGAAGAAUGUGUUUGGGCUGAUUUAAAUAUGAUCAAAAGAAGAUCACCUCAUCAAGUUGGUAAACCAAUUGCUAAAAAUAUUAAUAAUGGUAACAUUGCAUUCUUCGACAAACAUUUGUCAAUGUUCCCACAGGAUUUAACCUAUGGGUUUUAUACUAAGCAAAGAACAGAUGGUAAGAUUCUUGAUUUUACUAUUAUUGAAGCCACUGCCAUUAAAGAAGAUGGGUCCAUUGUCCCAGGUCCAAGUGUUGGUGCAUCUCCGGAAUUCAUCAGUGUCAGUGAUAAAGUCAUUAUUGAAGUCAACACCGCUACACCAAGUAUGGAAGGGAUGCAUGAUAUCGAUAUGCCAGUUAACCCACCUUUCAGAAAACCUUACCCAUAUUUGAAAGUAGAUGAUAGAUGUGGUGUGGAUUCGAUCCCUGUGGAUCCAGAAAAAGUCCUUGCCAUCGUUGAAUCAACUACUAUGGAUAAAGUUCCACCAAAUACCCCUUCGGAUUCUGUUUCAAAAGCAAUUGCUGGUAAUUUAGUCGAUUUCUUGAAGAAUGAAGUCAAACAAGGUAGAUUACCUGAAAAUCUAUUACCAUUGCAAAGUGGUAUUGGUAAUAUCGCUAACGCUGUUAUCGAAGGCUUAACUGAUGCUAAUUUCAAACAUUUGAAUGUUUGGACCGAAGUCUUACAGGAUUCCUUCUUAGAUCUUUUCGCUAAUGGUAGUUUGGAUUUCGCUACUGCUACUUCCAUCAGAUUAACUGAAGAUGGGUUCAAGAGAGCUUUUGAAAAUUGGGAAGAUUUGAAACACAAGAUUUGUUUGAGAUCUCAAGUCGUUUCUAAUAACCCAGAAAUGAUUAGAAGAUUGGGUGUCAUUGCCAUGAAUACACCAGUGGAAGCUGAUAUUUAUGGUCAUGCCAAUUCUACUCACGUCAACGGUUCAAGAAUGUUGAAUGGGUUGGGUGGUUCUGCUGAUUUCUUAAGAAACGCUAAAUUAUCAAUCAUGCAUACUCCUUCAGCAAGACCUUCCAAGAUUGACAAGACUGGUAUCUCCACCAUUGUCCCAUUUGCAUCUCAUGUCGAUCAAACAGAGCAUGACUUGGAUGUCUUGGUCACAGAUCAAGGUCUAGCUGAUUUAAGAGGCUUGGAUCCAAGAGAAAGAGCCAAUGAAAUCAUUUCCAAGUGUGCUCAUCCAGAUUACAAAGAUUUAUUAUUCGACUACCUACAUAGAGCUGAACAUUAUGCCAAGAAGAUGGGUACCUUGCAUGAACCUCAUAUGUUGCAAAACGCUUUGAAAUUCCAUACAAACUUGAUUCAAAAGGGUACUAUGAAAGUAGAUUCUUGGGAUCCACUAGAUUAA